AUGGUGUCUUGUCAUUUAACUGCCAUGAACCAAGGCCUUACAAUAAGGGAGGUAUCAGCUGAAGAUACAGACAGUGCAGCCACCACCACUACCAGCUCUAUUACAGAGAGAAACUAUCGCAAGUCUGUAGCGAAAAUUCAGGAAACUUCCUAUAGGGUACCGGAACAUUUACAAUUUAUAUCUAGAGGUUUUAUAUAUGAGGAUGCUGAUGAUGUUAUACAUGUCAUAGAUCCGCCCAAACAUUUUGAGGAGCUUAAAAAGAUCAUGCAGAGACAAGAGCAGCGCCAGCUGCACAAUCUCAGGCCAAUAGCUUUGAGAGAGCAAAGACCUAAACCUAAAAUUGUAAUGACCAACAUACCCUUGAAAGAAGAAUUUAAACACAACCUAAGAAAACCUAUUGUAGAGCUUGAUAUGGAAACCCAGGAAUCCCAGCAUUUGCCAUUGGAAAUUUUAGCCUCUGUGCGCAAAACAGAAAAUUUUUUGAGAAAAUAUAAACCCAAAUUGCCCUCCGUUAAGCAGCGUGUGCAAACUAAGAAAAUACAAACAGUUAUAUGGGAAAAAUCACAAGAUCAACAGCAAUUUCAACAAAGUCACGAUCAAAGAGUGCAGGGAAUUAGAGAACAAGUGCCCAAUCGCAGAUAUUUUAACAAAAAACGCUUUAAACGUGAAGCUUCUUUACCAGACCUUAAAGGGGAGAAAUUAUUAAAUCACAUAAAUGAGUUGAUCGAAAACGCCUCCUACUAUCUACAGCAAACGGAACACUAUUAUGACUAUCCCGAUACUGAUUUAGAAUCCACUACUCUGCAAGGAGAAAUUUUACUUAAAACAACUCAAAAACCUUUGGACCCUAGUGACUUUAAUGAGGAUACGGUGGUGAAAAUCUUGGAAAACUCAGUCAAGGCCACCAAUGUCAUAAUGCAGCAAAUAAAAUCGCACACAAAUCUCACAGAAAUCUCAGAGAAAUGUGAUUAUUUGCAGAUAACCUAUCCCAAUCACAUACAAAACCUACAAAAUCAAAUAAAAUGUAUGCAAAAUUUCAUCAAAGAUAUAAAUCGGGUCCAACAAGAGCACCUUGAACAGGCAACCACACAAAAAACCUCUAAGCAAUAUGGUGAACGUUUGGAGGCACGUAGAACAAAAGACUUGAAACGCAGACCGUUUUUAAUAGCCCAGCUGGCCGAGGACUACACCGACUAUACUGUACCCUCACCAGUUAAUAGCUCCUUAAUCUAUGACGAUGUCAUGACUACCAUACGCAACAUGUUGGAAUCUCAAAAUUUACAAUCUAUAGAAGAAACUAAUGGCAAAACUAGCCGCCCCUGGGAGGAUUCUUUAACAGAUUCUUCUUUCACCUUUGACAAAUCCUCGGAACCAGUAGAUUUCCAUAAUUUGCAACAAUAUCUAACUUCUUUAGAAUCUAUAGUAACGAAUUUACCCAAAUUUAGUCAUAAAUCCUUAAAUUUGCAAGAAAUUGAGGGUGGCUCUACUUCCAAAUAUUAUUUUAUAAAUCCCCAAGGCGGCAUCUACAGUUUACCCCAGCCUUUUCAAAAAGAGCCCACAACACCAGCUCCCACCACCAUAUUUCAUCAAUUUCCUGAUUUACCCAUUGUCACGGAGUAUCUAAGAAAUGGCACUCUAUUGCCUCCCUCCCAAAAAGUGGUUGAAAUUUUAUGA